AUGCCCUGUUGCGGUUACACUGGCACCGAAAGCUGCCCUCAGCGUACUCCUCAGAGUCCCUGUGUAGCAGAAAGAAGCACUCCAUCCAUAACGCCUCUCCCCCAAAAGAAUCGAAGCCGAAAAAGAAAACACCUCCCCCUUAUCCCGCUGCGUGGUGAUCGACUGACAAUCCCACCCCGGCAAAAUUUCGAAAUGACCGUUUCAAGUUUUCAAAAUGGAAUCCUGGCGCGCGUCGCCCCUGCCGCCCUCGCACAAGCCUCGACGGGCGGCGGUUUCGACGCCGUGGGACGCCUCGCCGGCCUCCCGUCCCGCCCAUCCCGCGCCCCCAGGCCCCAACCUGCCGCCUGGAGGCCACGCAGACCUCGCCUCGCCCAAAUCCCCCUUCCCGCCAUGAGCUCCGCAGGCCGACAGCGCGACGAGGGCCACCAAUCAGCCGCACGCACCACGCCCGCCGCCGCGGAUGCCAGCAUGGACGCGGAUGUGGCCCUCGCAAAGAUGCUGCAGCAGCAGGAGGCCGCGUUUUUGAUGUUCAGGGGGGAGGCGGAGGUGGGAACGAGCGGCGUCGGGCAGUCGUCGGAGGCCGGCUCCAUGGGAGCCGCGGCGGUGGGAGGCAGCCUCGCGGCCGGCCUCUCGGACGAGGAGCUCGCCCAGCGGCUGCAGAGGGAGGACGAUUUGGGACAUUGGCAGCAAGUCAUGGCGGCCUACGCGGGCGUGCGAGGGUCUGGCUCUACUAGUCUGGACUACUCCGAUGGAGAAUACUAUUCAGACGAUCCUGUGGACCCAGACAACAUGACUUACGAGGAGCUUCAAGCUCUUAGUGACACUGUGGGCACAGUGAGCAAGGGACUACCUGAUUGGGUAAUCAACUCGCUCUCAGAGACAAGCUACACUGCAGGGGGCGACUCCCAGCAAGAAGAACAGUGUGCUAUAUGCCGAUGCGAGUUCGAGCACGGAGACCAGGUGAAGGGUUUGCCUUGCAGUCACAUCUUCCAUCCUGCCUGCAUCGGGAAAUGGCUGAAUAUCAGCAAGAUGUGCCCAAUUUGCAAUCGAGAGGUGGAAUCACAGCCGAAGCACAAAUGA